AUGGCAAACAAGUAUAAUUUGAAGUGGAACUCUCACCAUGCAGAAGCAUUUCAGAGCUUUGAAAAUCUUCGCCAUAGGGAGAUGCUUGUGGAUGUGAUUCUGUCCUGUGAUGGACAGUUUGUGAAAGCUCACAGACUUGUGUUAUGUGCGGGGAGUGGUUAUUUUGAACGGGUCCUCAACAAGAAUGGAUCGGGAACUCCGACCGUUCAUUUCUAUGGAGUGGAAAUGCAUUUGCUGAAGCUCCUUGUGGAAUUCAUGUACUGUGGGGAAGUGGAAGUCCCGGCCUUGGACCUUGAGAAAUUUAUUGAAGUUGCAGAGAACUUAGAAGUGAAGGGGCUGAAGGGAGAUAAGUCAAAGAGCAGUGGAGCAGGAGGCAGGCCCACUACCAUCCCUGUGUCUGAUGUACAAGAUGCUUUGGCUCACAAGAGGAAGAUUACUGCCCCAGCUUGGCAAGAAGUCAAUGAACCCCAGUUUCCACCUGCAAAAGUGCUCAGAUCUCAAGCUCUUAUUUCACAAGACAGACAGCAAUCUAUU